UUGACCUCGACAGCAUCGACAUCAUCGCAUUCGUACACGACAUGAUGGCUGACUUUACUGGUAUGACCAUCAGCGUCACGCUGCAACAACCUCCCGGCGCCAUUCUGAUAGGACGGGUCGUGCAUGUCGUCGCUGGCGAAUAUCUGGCGCUCGAACAAGUCUUCUUCCCGCAAUCUGGCAACCAUGUGCCCUCCUACAACGUACCCGCCCAAUUGAUCCAGGAUCUCCGCGUCGUCGAGACCAACUUCGAGGCCAGUUCCAAGCCUCAUACGCCUACAGCAAACUUCUCGGCCUCGCGUGCUCCAGCUCAAUUCCCUGCCCCUCUCCCUGCUCAGGAAGCGCGUAUUGAGAGUCCUCUGGCCAAGAAAACUCCCUCCUUCGUCGACCCUGCCAUUCUCAGCUUCUCAAAGUCGCCUGCGCCUUCUGCUCGCAGUCAGCCGCCGCCUCUCCCGCAGCAGCCUUCCGCACCCGUCACACCUAGCAAAAAAGCUCUGUCGGCUGCCGCCGCAGCCAUCCCACCUACAAACACUUCUCCCUUCGUUGCUCAUGCUGCCGAGCCAUCCGCCCAUCAAGACCAAGACUAUGUCGACGAUAACACUGCGCAGUCGGGCAAGAAGACGCGACGUGGAAGAAGAGGCCCUAGAACGACCCAAGUUCCUGUCACUGCAGCCACCGAAGCCCAGACUGUCAAGGAAACUCUGUCACCCAAUGUGUCGCGUAAUGGAAACGACAUGACUAUCACCCCUAGCACAAACAAGAAAGGCUGGCGAUCGACACCCCUGCUCAAGGAGCCUACAUCAGCUGCAUCGUCGAAGACCAAGAAGAAGGCCAAGCGCCCACUCAACGGACUCGGGGAUCAGAAUGGCUGGGCGACUGAAGAGGCGACAGACAUUCAGGACAUGGGUGAUUUCGACUUUGAAGCCAACUUGUCCAAGUUCGACAAGAGAACCGUCUUUGAUCAAAUCCGUAACGAGGACACGACCGCAGACGAGGACAGACUGGUCUCACACAACAGACUUGCAAGACCCGGCACAUACGGAGGCAAGAACCUGCAUCCUACUGAGAAUGUGCUUUCGCCGACAUUGAAGCCCAAGCAUCACGGCAGCGAGCUCGAGUCGUCGUCAGAUGCCGACACUGAGGUCAACUUUGGCAGUGGCCCCAACUCGAGGCGCGCACCAUCUCGCACAUCGAACAAACGUCCUUCGCGCAUGAGUACCAGCGGUCUCCCGGAAGACAUCAUACACCCUUUGGCUGCCUCACUAGCCUCGACCGCCCUCAAUCGCUCUGUAAGCUCAUUGAGGGGCUCAUCUGUCGUCGCAUCCUCGCCAAAUCCAAACAGAGCACGUUCUCCCCAAUCCAUUCAAUCACCCAUGCAUUCCCUCGACCAGCUCAGUCUCGCCCAACAAGCUGCUGCAGCACCUCGCCCACACUUCAAAACACCAAAGUCAAAGUAUCCUUGUUCACUAUACCAUCCUGAUCGCCUACGACAAGCCGAAGCCGAUGCAAUCUCAAAUAUUGGCAUUAGCGCUGACGCCAUCACCGAGAAUGCUGCUCGUGGAAUCGCUGAAAGUGUCUUGACUAGCACCCUCAAGCCUGGCGCAUCACGACGCAACUCGAAGAUUGCCAACAACCUACCCAAUUCAAACUCGAAAUCAGUGGUGGUCAUCCUAGCCGGUAACCACAUCACUGGAGCUCGCGCGAUAGCCAGUGCCCGCCACCUCUACAGCCGCGGUUUCAAAGUCCUCAUCUCAGUCCUCGAUUUCUCGAAUCCAAGCGUCUGGCACCCGCAACUCGCAAAGCACGUCCACUCUCUGCAAGCGCUAGGUCGCAAAGCCGCUCGUAUAGAAGGAUGGCGCAGUACCUCUGGCCAGAUCAAGAAACUUGAAGGACCUCCUGUGAUAAUCGUCGAUGCCCUUCUAGACGGCCAACGCUACGCCGAUAUCCGAGAUGAGGAUCUUCGCACAGAAGCUCGCGAGAUGAUCGAUUGGGCAAACCGCUCGCGUGCUGGUGUCGUCAGUAUCAACAUUCCCUCGGGCUUUGACAACGUGGAUGGAAGUUCUAGUAUCGUGGAUGGAGAACCCCUUGCGAUUCGUCCUGAAGCUGUUCUUGCACUAGGAGUGCCAGUGCUGGGCUUACUAGAGGCAAUCAAAGAGGGAGAAGGCAGUGCUUGGGUGAUCACUGCUGUGGAUACAGGCGUUAAUGUCGUCCUGAGCGAUCGUGAAAAAGUGCAAUUCGGCGCUGAUUGGAAUGUCAACCUUAGAUUUGUGUCUGGUGAAGCACAAGCAUAGGGUGGCAUACAUGCAGAAUAGUAGAUUGGCUGAAUUGGCUAGAUUGGCCGAAAAGAUUGUUCAUUAGCGUAUUACCCGAUUGUUUAUUGAGAAGAAAAAGCAUUUCUGUAUUAUAUCCAUAUAUCACUGAAACACAUAUUCCAACUUUCACUGACGCCUUGAGCAAGAACAUUCCAAUGACAC